GGUUCAGAGGAAAGGGGUGACACCAACAAGUUCUUAACAGCAGGUCACUGGAAAGGCUGGGACCACUGUUGAAACCAUUGUUUUCUGUUACAGUUUGCUUGGAGCUGCAGCACUGCAGGAAAAGUUUUGGCUUGAACUUUCAAUCAUCUUUGCCUGAAGGGAAAGAGGAACCAACAACCAGAAGAAAAAAGGAAAAUCUGAAGGGAUCUCUAAAAAAAACGGAUCCAUCAUGAGGAUCUUUAAGAAAGACCUCCGCCUUCAGGACAUCACCAUCUUGUAUUUCACUGCCCUGGCCGCUCUGACGGUCAUCUUGGUGGCUUCAUAUCAGGCUCCAUCCAAUGCUGUCGGCGUGUCCGGCCUCAAACCGAGCCCCUCCAGCCCCUUGCCACCUCUCCCCAUGCCUUUCCGUGUUCCCCUUGACCCCCGCGGGGAGCUCCAGCUGGCCUGGAAUGUCAGCUUUGCCCAGCAGGAGGUUUACAUGCAGCUGAGAGUUGCGGAGCUCAAACAUGGCGUGGUCCUGGGGAUGUCUGACCGUGGAGAACUGACUAAUGCUGAUCUGGUUGUGCUGUGGGACACUGGAUCAAGGAGCUACUUUGGGGAUGCGUGGAGCGAUGGAAAAGGCCGCAUAUCGCUGGACCGCCAACAAGACUAUGAGCUGAUUGAAGCCAAACAGAAAGCUGAUGGAUUUUACCUGACCUUCAAAAGACCGUUUAGUACCUGUGAUCCCAGAGACUACCUCAUCCAGGAGGGAACUGUGCACGUCAUCUACGGGUUGUUGGACCGACCUCUCUCCUCUCUGGAAGAACUGGAUCUCUCCAAGAUCCAAACAGGAGUACAGAGAGUGCUGAUGCUCCGUCCUGACACGCCGUCGCCCACGCUACCUCCAGAUGUGCAGACGUUAGAUGUCUUGGCGCCAAAUGUCAUCAUACCAACACAAGAAACCACCUACUGGUGCUUCAUCCACCAGCUGCCUGAAAACAUCCCCAAGAACCACAUCAUCAUGUAUGAGUCUGUAAUAACUCCAGGUAAUGAGGCCAUCGUGCACCACAUCGAGGUGUUUGAAUGUUCACCAGAAAUGCGAGACGUGCCGCGGUACAGCGGCUCCUGUGAUGACAAGAUGAAGCCGAAAAAGCUCAACUCCUGCCGCCAUGUGCUGGCUGCAUGGGCUAUGGGGGCUGAGGCUUUUUACUAUCCCCCUGAUGCAGGACUGGCGAUGGGCGGACCUGGUUCUUCAAGGUUUCUUCGUCUUGAAGUCCAUUACCACAACCCUCUCCUCAUAUCUGGCCGGCGUGAUUCAUCUGGAAUUCGGCUGCAUUACACCCCCAGCCUGAGGCGAUAUGACGCAGGAAUCAUGGAGCUGGGCCUCGUUUACACCCCCAUCAUGGCCAUCCCUCCAAAACAACCCAUCUUCUACCUCACUGGGUACUGCACAUCCAAGUGCACCCAGGCCGCGUUGCCUCCAGGGGGGAUCUAUAUAUUUGCGUCCCAGCUGCACACACACCUGGCAGGCCGUGGAGUGAGGACAGUCCUGGUGAGAGAGGGGGUUGAGCUGGAGGUGGUGCAGGAUGACCAGCACUUCAGUGCAGAAUAUCAGCCAAUCAGAGUUCUAAGGAAAAUGGUGAAUGCUUUACAAGGUGACGUCCUUAUCACCAAGUGUACUUAUAACACCGAGGACAGGAGCAAGCCAACAGUGGGAGGUUUCGGCAUCAUGGAGGAGAUGUGUGUUAACUACAUUCACUAUUACCCUCGGACUCAGCUGGAGCUCUGCAAGAGCCACGUUGACCCCGGAUUCCUGCAGAAAUACUUCAACUUCAUCAACAGGUUCAAUGGGAACGAUCAGUGUGUGUGUGGGGAAGUCGGUGUGACUGAGCAGUUCUCUCAGCUCCACUGGGAUGGAUUUACUGUAGAAGUGCUGGAUUCUCUUUACAAUACAGCUCCCAUCUCCAUGCACUGCAACCAGUCGAUCGCUCGCCUCUUCCCAGGUGAAUGGGAAAAGCAGCCUGUACCCGAGGUGACCUCCACCCUUGCAAAGCCUCGUUUCCCAUGUGAGGGAGGAGCCACACCGGCCAGCUGAAGCUGUGCAGCUGCUUCAGCUCGUUUCAGCCAAGAAAACGAGUGGCAACCCUUUUUAACAGAAGUUUCUGUGAAGUCAGUCAGCUUGUCUUAGUGUCUCCAUCACUUCUUGCUGUAAUUACAUGGCUGUACACACACCCACUCUCUGUGUUUAUUAUUAGUGCAUACCCAUUAGGCUAAUAACAGUCCUAUUCAGGUCACAUUUUAAAGAAAUGAAAAUGGAGAUCGUCUGUUUCCAUUCAAAAUUACUAACAAGUAUCUCUACAUGAAGCAACUAAGUUUAUAUUACAUAUGCUGUGUUAUAAAAGAAAGUAAUGUCACACUGAACUUUUGUUUUCUGUUGAACAAUAAAAACAAAUAACUAAGUUA